UAAUUUGUUUCUAGGUGUUGGCUGCCAAUUGUAGAGUGCAAAUGAAAAGUUACAGAUUGGUGGCUUCGUUAACAAAAUUUUCAGUUAUUUGUGUAGUUGAUGACGGGAAUUUGUUUUGCGUAUAAAAGUUAACUUUUGCGUGGAUCUAAAAUACACCAACCGCACAUACAAAACCACUGCAGAAUUAUUAUAUUAACCGAAACCAAAAAAAAAAAUAAAAUAAAAUCGAAAUAAUUCAAUUGGCAGAGCAGAAGGACGACAAACGUCAGAUAAAAUAAAUGCACAACCAAGAAUAGAAUGCGUGAAGAAUAAUAUUCAACAAAAAACAACUAAAACCCAACUCUUGCAGAACAAAAUUCAUGGUUGAUUUAUCAAUAAAAAAAUAAUCAUCGUAUGCUAGCGUGAUCAUAGAAAGCCCUAUAUUUGACUAAGCUACUGGCCAGCUUAAAAAACUUCGCCACUUUUGCACCCAAAAAAAGCGAGUGGAAAAGCUUAGGAUCCAGAAAGCCGGCUGAAAAAAAAAAUAAACCAAACCGAACCGAAGAGAGAGGAUCCCCAGAUAAAGACACGUUUACAAACGAUAUAAGAUGAAUGAACUAGACAGUCUCAGGCAGGAAGCCGAAUCCCUAAAGAAUGCCAUUCGAGAUGCCCGGAAGGCAGCCUGCGACACAUCCUUGUUGCAAGCCGCCUCCUCGCUGGAACCAAUUGGCCGCAUACAGAUGCGAACACGGCGUACAUUACGCGGCCAUUUGGCGAAAAUCUACGCCAUGCACUGGGGCAAUGAUUCCAGGAAUCUCGUGUCAGCUUCACAGGACGGCAAGCUUAUCGUUUGGGACUCGCAUACCACGAACAAAGUCCACGCCAUUCCACUGCGAUCCUCGUGGGUUAUGACCUGUGCGUACGCUCCAUCUGGCAGCUAUGUGGCCUGCGGCGGCCUCGACAACAUGUGUUCAAUUUACAACCUAAAGACGCGAGAGGGUAAUGUCCGUGUGUCCCGCGAGCUGCCGGGCCAUGGUGGCUAUCUAUCCUGCUGCCGCUUCCUGGACGACAAUCAGAUAGUUACCAGCUCCGGCGAUAUGUCGUGCGGCUUGUGGGACAUCGAGACCGGACUGCAGGUUACCUCGUUUCUGGGACAUACCGGCGACGUGAUGGCACUAUCGCUGGCGCCCCAAUGCAAAACGUUCGUAUCCGGCGCCUGCGAUGCGUCCGCCAAGCUAUGGGACAUCCGGGAAGGCGUCUGUAAACAAACCUUCCCCGGCCACGAGUCCGAUAUCAAUGCGGUGACAUUUUUCCCCAACGGCCAGGCGUUCGCCACCGGUUCGGACGAUGCUACCUGCCGACUGUUCGACAUUCGCGCCGAUCAGGAGCUGGCCAUGUACUCGCACGACAACAUCAUUUGCGGCAUCACCUCGGUGGCGUUCUCGAAGAGCGGACGUCUGUUAUUAGCGGGCUACGACGACUUCAACUGCAACGUGUGGGACACGAUGAAGGCGGAACGGUCGGGCAUACUCGCCGGUCACGACAACCGUGUAUCCUGUUUGGGCGUUACCGAAAACGGUAUGGCGGUGGCAACAGGAUCGUGGGACUCCUUCUUGCGCGUAUGGAACUAAAGAAAAAAACAAAACCCAAAACCAAAAAAAAAAAAAGAGAACAAAACAAAAAAACAGUAAACAGAAAACAGAACUUCAAAAAUGCAUUAAAGGGUGGGGUGGGGUGUCAGGUCAACGGUUGCGCAGUCUGCGGAUAGUGUUUCACCCAUCAUCUACAUUGUGAUCUAAUGUACAUGAUGAUUCGGUGUUACCUCUGUGGUUAAUAUUAAAUGAGUGCCGGACGUUUUGAAUAUGUGGGCGCAGCUAGUUGACUAGAACGUAGACCACAACAACAAAGAACUUUAUAUACAACAUUAUUUAUAUUGCUAUAUACUUAUUAACUAAAAUUAUACAAAAAGAAAAAAAAGAACCGCAGACAUACGCAGCAACAUACAAAUAGACAUACACACGCAUACAAGAAUAUUAUUAGUGUAAAUGGAAAAUUGAAACAAACAAAUGAAAAAAAGAAAAAAACGAAGAAAAACAAAAAACAGAGGAGUAAUGAGAAGAAAAGAUAACGAUGGGCCCCGCUGAUAGUCAGUUGUUUAGUCAGAAUUCCGGUUACAGCUACAGUUUAAAACGUACGUAAAUUAAACUUAGUUCAAAUCGUAUUUCAGUGGUGAGUGCAACUGAUGGAACUCCCAGGAGUGCGCCAACACCGUAUUGCGUCAGUCGUUUGCACUUUGUAAAAGAAAAAGAAGGUAUCAUUGUAAUCAUGUAUGUCAACAAGUAAAUACAUAUUCUUUUGCGUAUAAUACAUAAACUUCAGAAUGUGGAUCCUGAUGAAUGGGAAGUCAAAUAAAGUUAAAGCAUUUAAAAAUAAAAAAAAGAUCACGGCAAACCUAAAAGUAAAACAAAACAACAAAAAAAUUGCGUAAUAAACUUUAUAAAUCAAGUAAUGAAAAAAAAAGUAAACAAAAACACUAUAACAAAUUUUUGUCUUAUUAUGUUUAAGUCCCUAAUUUAUAUACAAACAAAAAUAAGAAUGAUUUAAAUAACAUAUAUGUAAACUAUGCAUUAGUGAAAAAGUGGAAAACUAUUUAUAUAUAAUAUGAUGGCCAUAUAAGCUAUAACAAUAAAUUGAAAAACACCUUUAAAUCUUAUAAUACAUUUAUAAAUGUUUAACAAAAUCUUAACAAAUACAUUCAUAGAAUUGCGGCAGUAAGGGCAUUAAAAGCAUCAUGGAAAUAAUUUGAGCAUUCAUCCUCACACUCUAAUUGACACAGUUGAAUUUUGUUCAUUUGUUCUCCUAAAUUCCUAUGAGGUUUUACAUAUAUAUGGCUUACAUGAGGUUUGAAAUGCAAAAACGAUUGUAGAAUGCAAACAAAAACUAAAGCUUAUAUUGUGAAAAUACUGAUAUUGUCUUGCUGUCUUACGAAUAUACUGAAUCAUCAAGUUCUUAUCUACAAUUUUUUUAAAAAAAUUAAUUUUAAGCGGUAAUAGGAAAUUCGCGGAAGCCAAUUCCAGCAUUCUGAAAUCCUACUAGUACCAUAUUUCAUUAAAAAUUGUAAUAAACUUGCCAGUUUAUUGACCUUCUUGAAGUAUUUUUUUAACAAUAAAAUGUUGGUCCGAUAGGUAAAUUGUGAUUUAAAGUGAAUAGUUUUUCAAGCAACGAGGAAUCCUAAACCACACCCAAUCAAAAAUCUUAAUCAACAUUUAAAAUGGACAAAAUUGUGUAUUUUUACCAACUUUUGAUGCUUGAUAAUAUUGAACCGAAUAUAUUCCUAUGUAUAUGUGUAACUAUUGGUAAGCUUACAACAGCUGCAGUUAUUUGAGCUCUGCUUUUUCACCAAAGAUGGACUUACUUAUUUUUAGUACAUUCUGGACAUUCUGGACGGCCAUUUUAAAACUAAUGCUGUUUCAAAACUAUGAAUAAAUUAUGAGAAGAGAACUUUGUAACAUUUAAAUAAUAAAAUAAAACCAAAAAUAUGAUAAUCUUAUUGUUUAAAUUGAACAAGGAAUAAUUAAAGUUGAUCGAUUUUGCAAAACUAAACAAAAUGCAUGAUUAUGCGUAGUCAAAUCGAUAAAGUAAGUCCAUCUAAGGUUAAUAAUAAUUACAAGCGCACUUUACGAAUUGUCAGGAAUUUUUUACUCCAGCAGUAAGUUUAAUUAAAAUAUUUUUCUAUCCCAGCCUAAAAGGAACAAAGUAACGUGUUUUCUCUUUUUAGUUGUUAUCUGUUUUUUGUUUUAGAGUACUUUGUUAUGAGUAAUCACAUCCUCAAGUAUGUUAAUAUCAGAACCCUUCUCAAUGUAUGUGUGUUUCCAUGUAAAUUUAAUUAUGUAUACGUUAUGUUUAUAUAUGUAUAUGCAAGAAAAUCAUAUAUUUGCGCAUAUAUGUAUUGUAAUUUAAUUACUGUUUUCUUUUGUCAACCUUAAUCGACAAAUUUAAUAAAAUGAUUUAUUUGUAAUUAGUUAUUAACAAUAAUUAAAAGCUGUCAACAAAGAAAUUGAAAUUUGAAUAAAACAUGGUCAUGUAAUAAACAUACAUACAAACAUACAUAUUUAAAAUGAAAACUGAAGAUUACUAACAUUAAUUUAUAAUUUGUGUCAUAGCCGUCAACUCAGCGUUAUAUCUAGAAUAAAUAAUAAAGAAAAUUGUGUUAAGCAAA